AUGGCUAAACUAAGAGGGUCUCACAUAUUGGUAGCUCUCAUUGUUGCGCUCAUUGCCUUGGAAGCUAGCUUUGUUCUGGGCCAAGGCAAUGGAAAUGGAAAUGGGAAUGGCAACACCGGAAGUGGCAAUGGAAAUGGGAAUGGCAAUGGAAAUACUGGCGGUGGAAACGGGAAUGGCAACGGCAACGGCAACGGUAACACCGGCAGUGGAAAUGGAAAUGGAAACGGCAACGGCAACACCGGCAGUGGCAACGGUAAUGGCAAUGGUAACGGAAAUGGAAACGGCAACGGCAACGGCAACACAAUCAGUGACACUACAAACUACGACGUACUGCCACCAUUAGCCACAGGACAGGAACAAUGCAUGUGCAAAGCACAGGGGGCCUGCUUUUACAAGACCCUUGUGUGUCCACCGGAAUGUCCCGAGAGAAAACCCAGAAGCUACAAGAGAUCUAAGGGUUGCUUCGUCAAUUGCGGAAGCAAGUGUGAAGUUACUUGCAAGGUUAGAAGAGGUAACUGCGAUGGGUAUGGCUCUAUCUGCUACGACCCUCGAUUUAUUGGUGGUGAUGGGGUAAUGUUCUACUUCCAUGGAGACAAGGGAGGAAACUUUGCCAUUGUCUCAGACGAAAAUCUCCACAUCAACGCACACUUCAUUGGAACCCGUCCCGAAGGAAGGACUCGUGAUUUCACAUGGAUUCAAGCCAUCUCGGUCAUGUUUGAUACUCACACUCUUGUCAUUGCAGCUAAGAGAGUCUCAAAGUGGGAUGACAAAGUUGAUGCUUUGAUGGUGAAAUGGGAUGGUGAGUCAGUUGACAUCCCAGAAUACGGAGAGGCUGAAUGGAGGACCAAUGGUGAAGAUAGAGAAGUCAUUGUCGAAAGAACAGAUAAUACAAAUUACCUAAGGGUUAUUGUGUCUGAUCUGGUUGAGAUUACCAUUAGGGUUAGGCCAAUCGGAGAAAAGGAAGACAAGGUUCAUCACUACCAUAUACCCGGUGACGAUACUUUUGCUCAUUUGGAGAUCCAGUUCACAUUUUCCAAUCUGUCUGAUCUUGUGGAAGGAGUUCUGGGGAAGACUUACAGGCCAGGAUACGUCAGUCCGGUCAAGAGAGGAGUUUCGAUGCCUUUGAUGGGUGGUGAGGAUAAGUACAAGACUCCAUCAUUCUUUUCACCUCACUGCAAGGUUUGCAAGUUCCAAACUACUGCUCGUCAAUCUGGUGGGCUUGAAAUUACAACUGGAGAGAUUGCUCAGUUCUGA